AUGUCAGUGAAAAGAUUGGUUCCACGUUUGAAGCUUAAUUAUCGACUGGCACCGGGGAUUAUGCGGUUUUCAUCUGCACGACUUUAUAGAAAACGUGGUGCAUUUGCAAAAAAGUCAACUACAAUUAAGAAGAAAAAAGUAGUAAAAGCGAAAGUAAAGUAUGUAGUAAAACCAAUUGGAGGUGACAAGAAUGGCAAAGAACGAAAAGUCCUAACUAUUAAAGGGCCAAAAUAUCUGAAAGAAAACUCAAAUGCGAAACGCCAGAAACGACCAUCGAAAAGAGUACCCCUGCGAACAUCUAUCACUCCUGGCACAAUUUUGAUAAUACUGGCUGGACGACAUAAAGGCAAACGUGUUGUUUUCUUAAAGCAAUUGAGAAAAUCAGGCCUCUUGCUUGUUACAGGACCACUGAAGCUGAAUUCGAUGCCACUGCGACGCAUAGCUCAAGCUUUUGUGAUUGCGACGAAAACGAAAAUUGAUAUAUCAAUGCUCAAAGUUCCUAAACAUAUCAAUGAUGCUUAUUUUAGAAGAGUAAAUCCGAAAAAAGCACUGAAAAAAGGAGAUGCGAAUAUUUUUGCGCAAGGAACAACUGAAUAUAAAGUAACCGAUCAAAGAAAAGCAGACCAGAAAAGUGUAGAUAAUGCAAUUCUGGAAGCUAUACGGAAAAGUCCGGAUAAGAAAUAUCUCUUUGGAUAUCUGGGUUCUAAAUUUGCAUUGGGAAAAAAUCAGUUUCCUCAUCAAAUGCUGUUUUAA